AUCACCUCCUGCGUUAGCACCAGUAGAUUCUUUUCUUCAAUAUUCGCGUCCAAAUCUUUUAGUCGUUUCGCUUAAAGUUGAUCUGCGUAGGAAAAGUUACUAAGAGAGAGAGAGAUGGCUUUGAGAAAUAUUAUGGGCAAAAGGGUCAGGAUUGGGCUUAUGGGGAGGAGGCUACUUUCAACUGCCACCUGCGAUGUUGAGAGCGGCAACUCUAAAUCCAUCAACCUUUACUCUGCUAUCAAUCAAGCCCUUCACGUUGCACUUGAAACUGAUCCUCGUGCCUUUGUUUUUGGAGAAGAUGUUAGCUUUGGUGGGGUUUUCCGUUGCACAACCGGACUCGCUGAUCGAUUUGGUAAAGCUAGGGUUUUCAAUACUCCCCUUUGUGAGCAGGGUAUUGUCGGGUUUGGAAUUGGCCUAGCUGCCAUGGGAAAUCGUGCCAUAGCGGAAAUCCAAUUUGCAGAUUACAUUUACCCUGCUUUUGAUCAGAUUGUAAAUGAAGCUGCCAAGUUUAGGUAUCGGAGUGGCAACCAAUUCAAUUGUGGAGGCUUGACAAUAAGAGCACCUUAUGGCGCUGUGGGUCAUGGUGGACAUUACCACUCUCAAUCACCUGAAGCGUUCUUUUGCCAUGUUCCUGGCAUUAAAGUGGUCAUUCCUCGUAGCCCACGGCAAGCAAAAGGGUUACUGUUGUCGUGCAUUCGUGAUCCAAACCCUGUAGUAUUUUUUGAACCAAAGUGGCUUUACCGUUUGGCCGUUGAAGAAGUGCCUGAGCAUGAUUAUAUGUUGCCUCUAUCAGAGGCAGAGGUCAUUCGACAAGGCAGUGAUAUAACACUGGUAGGGUGGGGAGCACAACUCUCCAUCAUGGAACAGGCCUGUAUUGAAGCAGAAAAGGAUGGAAUUUCUUGUGAACUUGUAGAUCUGAAAACUCUAAUUCCCUGGGACAAAGAAACAGUUGAAGCCUCAGUCAGGAAAACUGGAAGAGUUCUUAUUAGUCAUGAAGCUCCGGUUACAGGAGGAUUUGGUGGAGAGAUCUCGGCUUCCAUUGUUGAAUCUUGCUUCUUAAGGUUAGAAGCUCCGGUAGCUAGAGUGUGUGGCCUGGACACCCCAUUCCCUCUUGUUUUUGAACCCUUCUAUAUGCCAACCAAGAACAAGAUAUUGGACGCCAUCAAAGCAACAGUGAAUUACUAGAAAAAUUCCCAAAUAAAAUUUGC